AUGUCGGGUGCGAACUCCGUGGUGACUGUAUUCCAAAAUUUGUUCUCAAAUCAUGGUUCAACAUUUCUAAAUAUAAUUUUGGUAGUAUCCACUAUCGGUGGCCAGUCGAUCAUUCGGAAGUUGACAUUUGCCUGUCCAUGUUCGUAUCCGCUCAAUAUCUAUCACUCAGCGGUGUUCAUGUUCGGUCCGUCGACCGCUCUAUUUAUAAUAGGAAUUAUGCUGAACACAACUACAUGGAAGAUCGUACAUGGCACGUGUUUCAGGGCAUCAGAAACUCGCCACACGUGUUCGACACUUUUCGCCUCAUGGGUGGAGGUGGUGGCACAAGCACUUCUUGCACCAGCCGCCUGGUUAUUCGUAGUGUUUUUGGACGGUGGGUGA